UGUUGGUCCACUUUACCCCUGUCCCCCUAGGAAUAACUUUUUGAAAAAAUGUGAUGGAUGUUUGAAGAAAUUUAUCAAUGAGGACUGCUUUGACCACCAUCUAAGUUCAGGAUUUUGUCAACAGUCAAAACGCUGUGAGAACUGUGGAGUAAUUUGGGACACAAAAAACAACACCAGAGGAGGAAGAAAUGGUCAUGUUUGUAAUGAAAGAUAUUGUUCAAUAUGUAAUGGGUAUCACGAUCCGAAGCGAGGCUGUUUUAUUAAGCCUUUGGAAUCAAAAGCUCAAAAGCCUUACCGAUUUGUGGCUUUUGACCUCGAGACCAUGCAACAUGUCUCAUCUGGCAACAAAAGGAAUCACCAAGCAAACUUCAUCGCAGCAAGAGUAACCUGUCCUAAAUGUAUUGAAGAGGAGGAGGAGCAGUGUAAUGUUUGCGGGAGUAAUAGGCUAGUCACCUUUUCUGAGCGCCCCUUUUCCAAAACGCACGUGGAUCUUCAGAAAAUCAC